AUCGCCAUCGAAACCGAUGAGCCAUGAGUUAUAAAUGGCUAAAUUGAUCCAAACUAUGUACUGAGUUGUAAUCUCCAUAGAGUCUACAUGAAAUCACCUCACUCUAUGUCGGCCUGUCAACCUCAACCCCCCAUACACACACACAACCAACAAUCAAUCUUUUUGCAUACAUACAAAUUAGACAGACAUUAUAACACGACCUGUACCUUCCUAUCCCUCACUGUUCACUCAUUCCCACACAUUCACACCUAUAAAACCCCCACAUAUUUCACGUUUCUCUUUCACGUCCAUUUCAAUUCCCACUAAUCCAACUCACCUCUCCUUUUAACUACCACUCACAAACUACGCCCAUCCCACCUCUCUCUCUCUCUCUCUCUCUCUCUCUCUCUCUCUCUCUGUGUCUCUCACAAAAUACUAAGAACUUGUCUGUUUUUUUUAUCGUGUUAUACAAUAACAACCAAUCUUUAGUCCCAAAAAAUUUGGAGUCAUCUAUCGCGUACUUAUAACUAAAUCUUCUUUAUAUAUAACAAGAUCAACCUUCGAAUUCCAGCCGACUAAAUUGAACAUCAUGAAUAGUCAUAUAGAUUGGCCUGAGCCAAUAGUUCGAGUCCAAUCCUUGUCUGACAGCGGGUUACCUGUGAUUCCUGAUCGAUACGUCAAGCCUCCAACUGAAAGGCCAGCCAUUAAGUCUGAUGGUAGCGAUGUCAAUAUCCCAAUCAUCGAUCUUCAAGACCUAUUAUAUGGUGAUGAUACCAUACUUGCUCAAAUAUCUGAGGCUUGUCGAGAGUGGGGAUUCUUCCAAAUUCUCAACCAUGGAAUCAGUCCUCAACUAUUGGACCGUGUUCGAGAGGUUUGGCGCGAGUUUUUUCACUUGCCAGUGGAGAUUAAGCAAUCUUAUGCUAACUCACCAAAAACUUAUGAAGGUUAUGGUAGCCGACUUGGUGUUGAAAAGGGUGCCAUUCUUGAUUGGAGUGACUAUUACUUCCUUCAUUUACUUCCAUUGAAGUUAAAGGAUUACAAUAAAUGGCCUGCUCUUCCGGCUGAUGCCAGGCAAGUGAUCGAUGAAUAUGGGAAGGAAGUAGUGAAGCUAUGUGGGAGGUUGAUGAAGAUUUUGUCUAUAAACCUUGGAUUAGGAGAAGAUAUUCUUCAAAAUGCAUUUGGUGGUGAAAAUAUUGGGGCAUGCCUAAGGGUGAAUUAUUAUCCUAAGUGUCCACAGCCAGACUUGACCCUUGGUUUGUCAUCCCACUCUGACCCAGGUGGCAUGACACUGCUCCUACCAGAUAACCAAGUCCCUGGUCUUCAAGUUCGCAAAGGCAACAAUUGGAUCACUGUCAAACCAGCUCGACACGCUUUUAUCGUCAAUAUUGGGGAUCAAAUUCAGGUUCUAAGCAAUGCAAUCUACAAGAGCGUAGAGCAUAGAGUGAUUGUAAACGCAGCACAAGAGCGAGUCUCCCUCGCUUUCUUCUACAAUCCAAAAAGUGAUAUACCAAUAGAGCCAGCAAAAGAGCUUGUGACCCCGGAAAAUCCUCCUUUGUACCCACCUAUGACAUUUGAUGAAUAUAGGCUUUUCAUAAGAAUGAGGGGUCCUUGUGGCAAAUCUCAGGUGGAAUCACUAAAAUCUCCUCGUGAUUGCAACAAAUAACACAGUUUUCUUCUCUGUAAAUUUCAUGUACAACAAUCCCUUUGUUGGUUAUUGAACUAAUUGUAUAUAGUUCAUCAAAAAAAUGAACUAAUUGUAUAUAAUAAUAAAGGGAUUUUUUUUUUUU